AUGAAGGGCUUCCGGCAAAGAGUGCAUGAGCAGUUGUCGAGGGCGAAAGAUAGCGGCAAGUCCUCUAAGAAGAAAGACGCAAAUAGUUCCGGCACCGCAUCCCCCCUGUCAUCGUCGACCACUCUGCCUGGCAGCGACUCCAGAUCGCCCAAUAGCUCCAACACCGCGACCCCGACAUCUUCCUCCACAAACCUCAAUGACCUACGUAACAAGAACGCGACCCAUGAGCCUCCCGCCAGCAAUCAUGGCACCAACCAGCACCACCCUGGCGCUGCCGCAGCCUCCGGCUCGCUGGGCUCACACUUCAUGUCACAAGGUCCUGGGCAUGGGCCUGGCGGACCUGGAACUCCCGGCGGUCGUCAUCACAUCGCUCCAGCUGUUAUUAUAAGCCCGAGCGCUCCUCACGUCCCCGGACCAGGCGCCACUGAAACCAUGCCAGGCGACCUUGCUCCCCCAAAAGCCGGCCAGAAAUCCCUCCUCUUCGAUCGGCUACAAUCUACACCCAAGGAUGUGCCAGAAGGCGUCCGGACUCCUAAGAGACAACAUUCGUCACGAUUCGAUGUGUCAGAUCAAAGAGCUCGGGAUCUGGAGAAACUGCCUGGUUUCCAUGAGGUCCCACCGAAUCGGAGACAAGAGCUGUUUAUGCAGAAGAUCGAUCAGUGCAACAUCAUCUUUGAUUUCAACGAUCAGACGGCCGACAUGAAGUCGAAAGAGAUCAAGAGGCUGGCCCUCCAUGAAUUGCUUGACUAUGUCGCCAAUAACAGAUCGGUCAUCACCGAACCCAUGUAUCCGAAAGUCGUGGAAAUGUUCAGCAAGAAUCUCUUUCGGCCGGUGCCUCCACCGGUCAAUCCGCAGGGUGAGGCAUUUGAUCCCGAGGAGGACGAGCCAGUUCUUGAAGUGGCCUGGCCUCACAUUCAGGUGGUCUAUGAGUUCUUUUUGCGCUUCAUCGAAAGUCAAGACUUCAAUACCAACAUCGCCAAAGCCUACAUUGAUCACCAUUUCGUUCUUCAAUUACUGGAAUUGUUCGACUCAGAAGACCCCCGAGAGAGAGAUUUCCUCAAAACAACCCUCCACCGCAUCUACGGCAAGUUUCUCAACCUUCGUUCGUACAUUCGGAGAUCCAUCAACAAUGUCUUUUUCCAGUUCACUUACGAGACGGAGAGGUUCAAUGGCAUUGCAGAAUUGCUGGAAAUCCUCGGCUCCAUAAUCAACGGAUUUGCUCUGCCUCUCAAAGAAGAGCACAAGCUUUUCUUGACCAGAGUGCUCAUUCCGCUUCACAAGGUCAAGAGUCUGAGCAUGUAUCAUCCUCAAUUGGCGUACUGCAUCGUCCAGUUCCUGGAGAAGGACGCAGGUUUGACAGAAGAGGUUGUCCUAGGUUUGCUGCGAUACUGGCCCAAAACCAACAGCACCAAGGAAGUCAUGUUCCUGAAUGAAGUCGAAGACAUUUUCGAAGUCAUGGACCCGCAAGAGUUUGCCAAGGUUCAGGAGCCACUCUUCAAUCAGCUUGCCAAAUCUGUUGCUAGCCCCCAUUUCCAAGUCGCUGAGCGAGCACUGUAUUUCUGGAACAACGAAUACUUUUGCAAUCUGGUCAGCGACAACGUGGAGACUAUCCUUCCGAUCAUGUUCGCGCCCUUGUAUGAGAACUCGAAAGGUCACUGGAAUCGCACAAUUCACGGAAUGGUUUACAAUGCAAUGAAGCUGUUCAUGGAGAUCAACCCUCAACUCUUCGAUGAGUGUUCGCACGACUACAAUGAAUUGCAGAAUACUGCUGGACAGCGAGAGAAGGCGCGUGAGGCCAAGUGGGCGAGACUCACCGAACAAGCGGACCGCAUGAAAAAGGGACUGGCAAAGCCACCGUCGACUUCCAGCAUUAAGGAAGUCCCCGAGACGGAUCCAGAACAAGACAACCAAGAGAGGCUCGAUGCGCUCAAGUUGCAUGACGAGUCGACGUCGGCGAAACCGUCUUCAGUAAGUCUGCGAGCUCCUCUGAUCGUCACCGCCCUGCCAUUCCCUCUUCUCCUCCACAUUGACUAA